AUGACGGGAUUGGUACCCACCAUCGCUGAAGACCACCUCCCAGAAACCCAAUGUGGAUUCAGGACCAACAGGGGCACCACAGACAUGGUGUUCGUCCUGAGGCAGCUCCAAGAGAAAUGCCGGGAGCAGAACAAAGGGCUGUACAUGACGUUUGUGGACCUGACGAAAGCGUUUGACACUGUGAGCAGGAAGGGGCUAUGGAUGAUAAUGGAACGCCUUGGCUGCCCCCCAAAGUUCCUCAGCAUGGUCAUCCAACUGCAUGACGAUCAACGCGGCCAAGUCAGGUUGAACAGCGACCUCUCAGAGCCCUUCCCCAUCGUCAAUGGCGUGAAACAGGGUUGUGUCCUGGCACCUACUCUGUUCAGCAUCUUCUUCAGCAUGAUGCUCAAGCAGGCCACUGAAGACCUUGAAGAUGACGAAGCUGUGUACAUCCGCUAUCGCCUUGACGGCAGUCUGUUCAACCUCAGGAGACUGCACGCCCACACAAAGACACUUGAGCAGCUGAUCCCGGCUGCACAGCUCUUCGGACUUGAGGUCAGUUUGAAGAAGACAGAGGUCCUCCACCAGCCUGCACCCCGGGAAGAGUACCGCCCUCCUCACAUCACUAUUGGCGAAACUGAGCUGAAAGCAGUUCACCAGUUCACCUACCUGGGGUGUACCAUCACAUCAGAUGCCAAGAUCGACAGGGAAGUGGACAACAGACUAGCCAGGGCAAACAGCGCUUUCGGCAGACUCUACAAGAGAGUCUGGAACAACAGACAACUGACAAAGGGUACGAAGAUCAGCGUCAACAGAGCCGUCGUACUCACCACCCUGCUGUACGGCUCCGAGUCCUGGGUAACAUACCGUCACCACCUACGACUCUUAGAGCGCUUCCACCAGCGCUGUCUCCGCACCAUCCUCAACAUCCAUUGGAGUGACUACGUCACCAACGUUGAAGUUCUCGAACAGGCAGAGAUCUCCAGCAUUGAGGCUAUGCUGCUGAAGUCGCAGCUUCGGUGGGCAGGGCACGUCUCUAGAAUGGAGGAACAUCGCCUGCCCAAGAUAGUCCUGUACGGCGAACUCUCCACAGGCCACCGUGACAGAGGUGCACCGAAGAAACGCUACAAAGACUCCCUCAAGAAAUCCCUCGGUGCUUGCCAAAUUGACCACCGACAGUGGUCGACACUCGCUGCUGACCGCCAGGCCUGGCGCCACACCGUUCACCAGGCCGUCGCCUCCUUCGAGGACUCCCGCAGGUCUAACCUGAAAGAGAAACGCCGGACGAGGAAGGACAGGGAAGCCUCAGCAGCUGUACCAGACCAGACUUUUGACUGCAGUCGCUGCGGCCGGAUAUGCCUGUCCCGCAUCGGUCUUGUCAGCCACCAGCGCGCCUGCAGCCGACGUGGACUACCCCUUUCAUGA